AUGGCCACCGCCCAACCCAAUCUCUACAGCUUCCCCAGCACCGACGCUCUGGCUGGGCAACUGCGGUCCUACGUCCUCCGCUGCCAGAAUGCCGCCCUGGCCCGCCACAACAUCUUCCGCAUCGCGGUCUCCGGCGGUUCCCUGCCCACCGUGCUGGCGCGGGCCCUCCUGGCUCCCAGCAAUGGCUCCCCCGAAGAUACCCCGCAGUUCGACAAGUGGCAUAUCUUCUUUGCCGACGAGCGCGCCGUGCCUCUCGACAACGAGGACAGCAACUACUUCCUGCUGAAGGCCGAGCUGCUCAGCAAGAUCCCCGCCGAGCUCGGUGCGCCGACUGUCUACCCCAUCGAUGAGAAGCACGUCCACGACGAUGAUACCCAGGAAUUGGCCGAUCACUACCAGGAGGACUUAAUGCGCUCCUUCGCCGCCAAGGACAGCGUCAAGCUGCCCGUCUUUGACCUCAUUCUCCUGGGCUGCGGUCCCGAUGGCCACACCUGCAGUCUGUUCCCGGGCCACGAGCUCCUGCGCGAAAAGGACGCCUGGGUGGCCGCCGAGACCAACUCCCCCAAGCCGCCGCCCAAGCGGAUCACCCUGACCCUGCCCGUGGUCAUCUCCGCCGUGAAAAUUGCGUUUGUGGCGACUGGUGCGGGCAAGCAGGAUAUUCUGAAGGCGAUCUUCGAUUCCGAGGAGGGCCGCAGCCUUCCUUCAGCUCUGGUUAACCAGGGCGCCGGGGAGAAGGUCAGCUGGUUUACGGACCACUCGGCAGUGGCGGGCGUCGCCUUCCCUCGUCGAGGCAGCCUGUGA